UCCAAAUGCUAUUGUUGAUAUUGCUCGUUCUAUUUGGAAUCGUGUGGGAAUAUUUAAAAAUUAUUUUAUCACAUUGAAUAGAGUGUAUUUUUAUAACCCAUUUGUGAUGGGACCGUGGGGUAAAUUUGGAAAACUUCAAAAUACCACCGAUUGGAGAGAUUUAGAAAAUAUUUUUCAAAAUCUAAAUGGAUAUCCUGUAAGGACAUACAUAUUUCGGUCUGUAUAUUCCGAUUUGGUUUAUGAUAAGAAAACAAAUCAAAUUGAAAAAGCUGAAGGAGCUGAUGCCGAAGUGGCUUAUGCGAUAGAGAAAGUCAUCAAUUGCAAGUUGAUUCUCCAAAAGCCAGAUGAUGAUUUUUUUGGAUACCAUUUACCAAAUGGAUCUUAUAGUGGAGCAAUUGGCAAAGCGAUUCGAUAUGAAACUGAUCUUAUUUUGACUGGUUUCUUUGUCAAGGACUACUAUGCAGAUGAUAUGGAAUUUUCAGUUACCGUUUAUACUGACAAACUUUGUUGUUAUACCAGCAAAGCCGAAAGGAUUCCACAAUCGAUUCUACCUCUAUUUUCUGUCAAAGUCGAUAUGUGGGUUGGAUUUAUAGGUGCAUCUUUUCUAUGGUCUGGAGUUUGGAUGUUAUUUCGAAAAAUCAACUUGUGGAUCAAUAGAAAACAGGGUCGACAAAUACCCAAAGAGCUUAUAAAAGUCAAACGGCCUUAUUUACAAAUAUUUACUGACACUUUGGUUGUAUGGGUGAGAGAAAAUAUUAAUCAAUACCCACCAUUUUCAUCCGAAAAAAUAUUCGUUAUAUCUUUGUGUUUGGUCAGUGUUAUUUUUGGAGCCAUAUUCGAAUCAAGUCUUGCAACUGUCUACAUUAAUCCACUUUACUACAAUGACAUCAAUACUAUGCAAGAACUUGAUGAAUCUCAAUUAAAGAUUUUAAUAAAACAUGCAGCAAUGAAAGAUGACCUAUUCUAUGGAAGCAGUUCGAAAAUGUUUCAACGCUUAGACAAUAAACUUAUUAUUGUUAGCGAUAUGAAAGAAAGAAUGAUUGAUGCAAUGUCUAGAAAAGGAGGUUUUGCAUCUGUUACUAGAGCUUCUUCACUUUUACUUGAUGAUAUUGAAUACAUUUUAUCGAAGAAGAUUCAUCAGAUUCAAGAGUGUCCCAAGAAAUAUCGUAUAGCUUAUGCGUAUCCUAAGGAAUCACCUUUUAAGGAGAGAGUCAAUGAUCUAUUGUCACGUUUUCUCAAUGCUGGACUUAUUAACCAUUGGAUUGAGAUGAUGCUUCACAAGGCUAAGCUGGGAGUUCUUAAAUCACCAGAGACUCUCAGAGUAAUGGGUGGUUAUACGUGGAAGGUCCUGACAAUAAAUGAUCUUCAAUUAGCUUUUUAUGUUGUUUUAGGAGGAAGCUUUAUAUCAACCUUUGUUUUGUUAACCGAAAUUUAUAUUGCAAAACGCUCAAGAAAUCAAUAA